AUGUCCAUCAAUACAGCUCAGCAGCUCAUUUUGCAGCAUUCAACAAACCCAGUCAACAACCCAGGUUAUGAAACCAAGACGGAUAAAGCCUGGGCGCGUGCCUACAAGCCUAUCAAGAGAGUCACUUCACACACUAUGACUGGCGCAGAUGGCAUGACUUAUGCCGAUUUCGAAGAUGCCUUCCUUCCACUGCAGGCAGACGACGAAUUGCGUUUCCGACAAAGGGCUGUGCCACCGAAUAAUCGGCAUUGGAGGCUCGAGACCGAAGCAGACUGUGAGAACUGGUUUCACACAGAGGUAGUCAAUGUUGUGCUAUCUGCGUGGCAUGCGUAUCCUGCAGUGACUCAAACAUCUCAUACAAAGCCUAUUUCGGAGGAGAACAUAGCUGAGAAUGUUGAUUGUGUAUUUUCUGUUAGAAUGGGGAAUACCAGGCGCACUGUAGCUAUCGGAGAGAUGAAACGCAACCUUCUAGAAGAAGACUGGCAAGAUGGUACGAUCGUGUCUGCUUCUCAAAAGAAACUAUCGCAAGAGCUAAGAGGAUAUGCCUACAAGUAUCGAUGCCCUCAGGUCUUUUGCUUCGACGGUAGCCUACUCAUCCUCCUACAAUUCAGAGCAUACAGACUCGAAAGUCUCAAGGACGAAGCAUGCCUAGUCGACUGUUGGACGAUUCCCAUCGAGGGAAGUUCCUGUAGUCUCCGGUACGGGCUCUAUCGACUCUUGGCACAGGGCUGGAGACGAUGUCAAGGAGAGUACGCACCGCCAUUCACAGUGGGAGGGUUUGUGCCGUGCUCCAGGGAGUUUUAUACAGGGCUGUCUAUCUGGGAGAUUAAUGGUGGGAGGCAGAAGUCGCAUCCUACCGGUUAUUAA